AUGGUCGGAACUAACCCCACCAUCAAAUUCCUAUGCAGUUACGGCGGAAAAAUCAUCCCUCGUUACCCUGAUGGAAAACUCCGUUACAACGGCGGUGAAACCCGAGUCCUCGCCGUUGACCCCUCCAUUUCCUUCGAUACGCGCUGGUUUCGAUCACUUUCCGAUGAGGAUCUCGCGAAUCUCAUCGAGGAAUACGAUCGUGUAGCGUCGCCGCCGUCUUCUUUAAAGAUCAGAGCUUUGCUUUCGCAGCCGAAAUCUGCCAAAAAGGCGAUAUCGUCUCCGUCUUCGUCAUCGGCUUCGUCGUCAAAGUCGUCGUCUUCAUCCACUCCCAGAUACUCCUGCUUACGUCAGAUCUCGGGGACUCCCGUAGCUUUCCCUCUUUGCUCUCAGAAAUAUGCGGGAAAAAUGAUUCCUUACUAUGGUUACCAUGGCAACCCUAGUCAUAUUUACCUUCUUCACAGCGGGAAUCACUGGCAAUAA